UAGAUUGAAAUCGCAUCUGCUGCAGCAACAUCAAGUUGCCAAGUGCGAGGAAAGAGGCACAGUCAUUACUUCUCAAGAAAUAUUUUAAGCGUUUUCAUUACGAUGGCCUUUUUGUGGGCCUUCGUUUUACUCUCCGUUGCAUCUUCCUCAUCAGCUCAGAGUUACUUCGUUGUUGCACCAAACGUCUUCAGACUGAAUGUGGAGGAGACUAUUUCUGUUCAAGUUGCAAGUCCUUGCAAUGUUGAACUGUACUUGCAGGCCCCAGGUCGCGCUGCCAUGAUCAGCAGGGUUACGCAAAAUUUCCAGCCAGGUGAACCAAAAGUCGUGAAGCUAAAGAUAACAGAGAAAAAUCUCCCGAACUUAUUUGGGACAGCUAAGAUAUACGUCAACUUGGUGGUUAAAGCACCUGGCUUUCAUAAGGUUGCCCCCGUCCUGGUACACUGGAAAAGCGGUACAGUUUUUAUUCAAACGGACAAGCCACUUUAUUCGCCGGGGCAGAAAGUUAAGUACCGCAUUAUUCCAGUUGGUGUCGACAUGCUUCCAUUAAAAGAGAACGUGACGAUAGAAGUAAAGAACCCACAAGGAGUGAGGGUAGGAAGAGAACGGAACAUUGCCGCUUGGAAGAACGGGUUUGAAGAAAAAGAGUUGGAAGUUGGAACACUGCCUGUGUUGGGAACAUGGACAAUUACUGCCAUAUUUGGUUAUCAGAAUAAGGUCAAUUCUUCAACAACAUUUGUCGUCAAGGAAUAUGUUCUUCCAACGUUUCGUGUUGAGAUUCAGCCCCCAUCAUAUAUCACUGAGAGACAGAACAGAUUCAAUGUCAAGGUUUCUGCUAAGUACAGUUUUGGUAAACACGUUAAGGGUACACUUCGAAUCGAAAUGCUUGUUGUUUUCGAAAACGGCAGAGAGAUAAAGGUUGAAGAUCGAUGGCUCCCGAUACGUGGAGAAAGUGUUAGCUCCGUCAGGGUUGGAAAACUUGUGGCUCCAAAGGAAAUACCUUCAUUUCCUGCCGGACAACGAUUGAAAAUCAAAGCAGAAGUCACCGAAGAUGCAACUGGAACAAAGCUUAGAGCCAAGCCUGUAUUUGUUCAUAUCGUAAAGAGUCCAUACACAAUCAGUUUUGAGAAAAGCCCAAGAUUCUUCAAGCCAUCCGUAUCGUUUAGAGUGACCGCUGUAAUUCGUUAUCCAAAUAAGGAGCCAGCACCAGAACUAAGGGUUAAAUUUGAGGCCACGGAUGGAAAUAGGCAGCUACAUAUGGUGAAAGAGUCAUCAAAUGCUGCGAAAACUAACAACCGAGGAGAGGUUGUCUUCACAUUUGAUGUACCGCCAGAUGCUAACCAAGCCACGAGAAUCACUGUCAAGGUGAAGACAGAUGACAAAGAACUCCUUAAUACUGAAUCACAGAUGACGCUAGAGCCUUACAUAUCCAAUGCCAACAACUAUAUUUUGGUUAGGCCUCCUUUACAGAAACCGAGCAUUAACCAACGAAUUUCCGUAACUUUUCUUAUUCCAAUGCAAGCUGGCAUAAACCAAAUAAAUUACCUGUUCUUGUCUCGUGGGAAAAUCGUUAAAACUGGCGUCAUCCAAAAACAAAUUGGAACAGAAACUACUUUGAAUGUUGACAUUACAGCAGAUAUGGCACCUAAAUGCAGAAUACUGGCCUUUUUCGUUAGAAAUGGAGAAAUGGCCUCUGACUCAGUUUUGAUGGAUGUCGAGAAUGGUUAUAAAAACGAGGUUCUUCUUAAUACAGACCCAGCUCCAGACCAAACAUAUCACCCUGCGCAAGACUUCGUUGUCAAAAUGAAGACCAGCACAAAAUCAGUCGUUGGCUUAUUAGCAGUCGACCAAAGUAUUUACUAUCUAAGAAACGAGAGCAGAGUUACAAAUGAGAAGGUAUUCAGUGAUAUAGGUUCAUUUGAUUUGGGAUGUGGACUUGGUUCAGGACGAAACAACAAAGACGUUUUUGAUAGAGCUGGUUUAUCGAUGCUAACAGAUGCAGCAGUGCCCGUCUCAAAACGUGAAGAUUUACUUUGCGGUGAAGACCCGAAAAGAAGAAGAAGAAGAAGUGUUGCGGGAGGCAUCAGUUUGCUUGAUAAGAAAUGUUGUCAGGGCAUUUGCUGCCAAAAACUUCGAAGCAUCGCCGGUACACUGCCAAAAGGAACGAAAUGCAAAGAGCUUCAAAAACACAUCCCCUCAGUUUGUUGGCCUGACUUCUAUUCAUGUUGCCUCAGGAAUUUUGCAUCUCGCGGAAGAAGCGCCAUUGGUCCAGAUGAUGAAUUUGAAGUAAGACCUGAUGAUAUUGACGAUGACGUCACACAGCUGACAACACGAGAGUUUUUUCCAGAAUCAUGGAUUUGGGUUAAAGCAGAAACAAAUGAUGACGGGUUUUUGGAGCAAGGAUUCACUCUUCCUGAUUCGAUUACAACUUGGGAAAUUUCUGCAAUCGCAAUGAACAGUCAAACUGGGUUUGGUUUAUCGAACACGGUCAAUAUUCAAAGCAGAAUGAAUUUGUUUAUCCACCUUAAGAUGCCACCUUCUGUACAACGUCAUGAGCAAAUUACAGUGUACGCUGUUUUGUACAAUUUCAAUGCAAGGAAUACACGUGUGAAUCUAUUCUUCAUUGGCCAUGCUUCAUUUUGCUCGAUUGCAAAGCCAGGUGAAAGAUCCGAGCGUCUCUCAGUUGUUGUGAAGGGAAAUGACGCUGUUGCCAUCCCAUUUACAGUUAUACCUCUUCAAGUGGGUGACAGUCCCAUAGAGAUUCAGGCCUUCACCGUAGAUUUAGGAGACAGAAUACGGAAAAACCUUCGUGUUGUGCCAGAAGGUCCAAAAACAGGAAACAACUUCCAUAGUUCUGGAUCCACAAGGUAUUAUGGAAGCGAUGACCCGAGAGGGAAAAAAAUAGUUGAGGUCAAAAGAGACGGCGUGCAGCUUAACAGUUUGAAAGUGGCUCUGCCGGAUAACCUUGUUCCUGGCUCUUUGAGAGUCAUGAUCUACGCAACAGGGAACUUAAUGGCACCAGGAGUGAAAGAUAUGGUUGAAAAUGGCCUUAAUAAUUUAAUCGUUAUGCCUAGUGGGUGUGGGGAACAAACAAUGAUUUAUAUGGCACCGCUUGUUUAUGUUUUGAAGUACUUGUACACAAUAAAGGAUGGUGUCACCGAUGAAAUAGAAAGAAAAGCCUAUAACUUCAUGAGAGCAGGAUACAGAAAUGAACUGAGAUACAGAAGAAAUGACAAUUCGUAUAGUGUUUGGGGUCAAAAAACUGCCCCUAUGACUUGGCUCAGCGCGUUUGUGAACAAAGUUUUCUGUCAGGCCUCUGCUUAUAUCAAAGACGACAUUGAUAGCAAUCUUAUCUGUAGCACUUUCAAGUUCUUGGAAUCGAAGCAAGUUGCCGAUGGCUCUUUCGCUGAAGCCCUACACGUUUAUCACAGGGAAAUGAGGGGUGAAGUCGAUAAUAAAGUUGCAUUGACAGCUUUUGUUGUUAUAUCUUUGACAGAAUGCAGCUCGCAAUGUACAAAUACUGAUACAAAAGUGUUGUCAAAGGCCACUAGCUUUCUCGAGAAGGCAGUUCCUGGCAUCAAGGCUGGCAACCUCAUGGCAAUUGUUGCAUACGCACUUGCUUUGACGGGUAGUCCGGGCAAAAACAACGCUUACAGUAAGCUCGUAGGGAUGUUGAAGCGGGACAGGAAAGAUGGUCGCAGUGUCGCGUACAUUCCGGACGGAGGUUUGGCAUCACAAGUUGAGGCAACGUCUUACGCACUUCUCACGAUGAUCGCCAUGAAUAAAAUAAAAGACGCUGGACCUCUCGUCAUCUGGUUAACUUCAAUGAGAAAUGCCAGAGGAUCCUUCAUUUCAACUCAAGACACUGUUGUUGCUCUGCAAGCCCUAUCAGAGUAUUCUUCAAAAGCAUCUACGGGAGAAAUGGACCUAAGAAUCACCGUAGCUUCCUCCAAGAUUGACAGAAAAAUAUUUCGAAUUCAAAAGAGUGACGCGCUUGUUCGCCAGCAGCAAGAUAUAACUAAAGCAGCUCCUGGGGAAGUUUCAAUAGAGACCAAAGGCACGGGUGUUGCGCAACUCCAGCUUGAGUUAACAUACAACGUACCAGAUGAGGGGAAAGACUGUCAGUAUGACGUCACAAUUACAACCAGGGAAGAGAUUGACAAUCAACUCAAUGACGAUGCUAUACCCAUCAAACCAGCCAAGCCAAAGAAGAACAAGAAAAAUAAGAACAAGAAAAAGAAGAACAAAGGGAAAUGCAAAGGAAAGAAAAAACACAGCAAAAAGUGCAAAAAAGGAAAUCGAAAUACCCAAGGUGACGAGGUUCCCAAUAGGUUGAGGAUCAGCAUUUGUAUAAGGCACAACUUCAACAAUGGAUCUGUAAUGACAAUGGCAGAAGUUGGUUUGCUGUCAGGGUUUAAAGCGGACAAUGAAUCACUCAAAAACCUCCUCGAUAACGUAAAACCAAAGGUCUAUAAGUACGAAAUAAGCGAUCGAAGUGUGGUAUUUUACCUGGAAAAGGUCACUACUACUAAAAGCUGUUUUGGUUUUGCUAUGGUAAGAGCUUUCAAAGUUGGAGCUCUGCAGGCCGUUCCAGUCAAAGUUUAUGACUAUUACGAGCCAGGCCAGAUAUGCACCAAAUUUUACCGUCCAAGCCGAAACAGUGCGUUGCUGAAAGUGAUUUGUGAAGAUGAGGACCAGUGCUCGUGCUCUCAAGGUAGUUGUCCUAGACAGCGGUCAACCAAUCCUAAACCACUACAGAAAACUGCCUGUCUCCACUCUGAUUAUGUUUUCACUGGAAUAGUUCGUGACAUAGAAGACCAGAAUUCGAUGCAGAAAAUUGCAUUUCGAGUGGUGGAUGUUUACAAAACUUAUUCGAAUGACCAGAAGAAAGAUAGCAAGAUGCAUAUGUACAAAUUAACAAACUGCGACUAUCCAGAGAUCAAAUCUGGUAAACAAUAUUUGAUAAUGGUGAAGAAAUCGGAGGCUCAUGUUAUGAACGAAGACACGUACGUUUUGGAAUGGCCUGAUUCAGCAAGUAAAGCUAGGAAGGUGAAGAAUGCCCUUAAUCAAGUCCGUCAAGGAGCUGUUUGUGAUGAAAUGACUGCGUAGGAUAUCUGAAGUACAACUUCAUAUGACAAAUUAUAUAUGGAACAUUCUUAGGAUAGAUUUUUCUACCGAGCAUGCUUCUUUUUGUUCUUCGAUAUAUUCGUUACAUACCAAAAUCUUUUGUCGUUUUUUAUUUUUUAAAACCUGAACGUAUAAACAGAAAAUUCGAUCUACUGGUUAUUAUCAAUC